AUGGCCCCGAAGGCUUCUGGAAGGAUCACAACCUUUAAGUCAAUUGAGGACUCAGCAUUCGGGCAGCGAGCUCUGCUUCAUCAGUCCUGGAAGGUUGCCUAUGAUGCCAGUAACAAGCUGACUAGCAAGAGGAAUGCAUCGCCGCGGCGGGUAAGCUUGAAGAAGAGGCAGACCCAGUCACGCGGGUUGCUUGUGCCUUGGCCUUGUGAAGUUGAGGUCGAGCAAGCAGCUAAGUUGUCCAACUUGUUGCAGAUUUCUGGUCAAGGCACACCGAACCUGGAAUUCUUCAGGCCUCUCGGUCGGCCACGACGUGGGGACUGGCUGGCCGAAAAGAAGGAAACAGGGCAGACCUACACGACCUAUAGCCGCCGCAUGAAACCUCCAAUGACACCAACGAAGCACACGGACACGAUCCUUCUGGUGCCCAUGGGCCAAAGCUUCAGCGAUGGCAUUGCAAUAAGAUUUCUGAGCUACUUGGUUGACUAUUGUGCAGCCUUCUUCUCUGGUAUGACUAUCGACGUGUUCAAAAAGCCUCUGUCUUUGGCAAGAGCACGGAAAAGGAUGAACGAUUUCAACCAUGACCAGUACCUGAUAGAGGACCUAUUCGAAGCACUCCACACCGAAACGAGAUCGCAUCGCAAGGCAUACUGCCGCUUGGGCAUCACAAUGGAAGACAUUUAUCCCGGCGAGGAGUGGAACUAUGUCUUCGGACAGGCCAAGCCCAUGGAGCGUGUGGGUGUCUUCUCCUUUGCACGGCACUCGCCCUUCUUCUACAAUGGUCUGCAUGCUUCGCAGGUGGAUGACUCCACCUCGUGUGAGCAGAGAGCUGUCUGGCUUCGUGCAUGCAUGAGAACUAUGGUGCAUGAAACCUGUCACAUGUUCGGAGUCCUGCACUGCGUUUAUUUCCAUUGCCUGAUGAAUGGUUCAAAUGGACCUCAUGACUCUGCUGGCAGAAGCAGCUUCAUGUGUCCGGUUUGUCUGCGAAAGUUGCAGCUUGCACUUUCCUACGCCCCGAACGAUUGCAGCGUGAUCCCAAGGUACCAGGUGGGGCAAGUGAUUUCGUGUCCAGUCUGUACACCGUCACAGUAG